AUGAGCUCCCUCGCCCUAAGGAGAUUUAUCUCCUCGCGCAUUUCGCCGAGUGUUAAACUACAAACAAGAAGUUUCCAUGCUUCUAAACCUGUUGCGAAGAUAUUCGCAUCACAGCACCUUCGCGCAAAGGAAGCAAGUCCACAUGUUUCCUCCAAGUACCCAGUAGUUGAUCAUGAGUACGAUGCGAUUGUGGUCGGUGCUGGAGGCGCUGGUCUUCGUGCGGCGUUUGGACUCGCAGAGGCUGGAUUUAACACUGCUUGUAUAUCAAAACUGUUCCCCACCCGUUCUCACACUGUGGCGGCGCAGGGUGGUAUCAAUGCCGCGCUUGGAAACAUGCACGAGGAUGAUUGGAGAUGGCACAUGUAUGAUACCGUGAAGGGAAGUGACUGGCUAGGAGACCAAGAUGCUAUUCACUACAUGACGAGAGAGGCACCGGCAAGUGUUAUCGAGUUAGAGAAUUAUGGAUGUCCUUUUUCAAGAACGGAAGAUGGUAAGAUCUACCAGAGAGCUUUUGGUGGUCAGUCGAAGAAGUAUGGAAAGGGCGGUCAAGCUUACAGAUGCUGCGCUGCUGCUGACAGAACUGGACACGCAUUACUCCACACUUUGUACGGACAAUCCCUCCGCCACAACACAAACUACUUCAUUGAGUUCUUUGCCCUCGAUCUUUUGAUGGAGGAUGGCGAGUGUGUUGGUGUUCUCGCCUACAACCAAGAAGAUGGUACUCUUCACCGCUUCCGCGCUCACAAGACUGUUUUGGCCACUGGUGGUUAUGGGCGCGCCUACUUCUCUUGUACCUCCGCACACACCUGUACUGGUGAUGGUAUGGCCAUGGUUGCUCGUGCCGGUCUCCCCAACCAAGACUUGGAGUUUGUCCAGUUCCAUCCUACUGGUAUCUAUGGUGCCGGAUGUUUGAUCACUGAGGGCUCUCGUGGAGAGGGUGGAUACUUGCUCAACUCUGAGGGAGAGAGAUUUAUGGAACGUUAUGCCCCCACUGCUAAGGACCUCGCAUCAAGAGAUGUUGUGAGUAGAUCAAUGACUCUCGAGAUUAGAGAAGGUCGUGGUGUCGGUCCAGACAAGGAUCACUUGUACCUCCAGCUUUCCCACCUUCCCGCGGAAAUUCUUCACGAGCGUCUCCCCGGUAUCUCGGAGACUGCUUCCAUCUUCUCUGGUGUUGAUGUCACCAAGUCCCCUAUUCCCGUUCUCCCCACUGUCCACUACAACAUGGGUGGUAUCCCCACCCGGUACACUGGAGAAGUCCUCACAAUCGACGAACAGGGCAAGGACAAGGUUGUUCCAGGUCUUUUUGCCUGUGGUGAAGCUGCCUGUGUCUCAGUUCACGGUGCCAACCGCCUUGGUGCCAACUCCCUUCUCGAUCUUAUCGUCUUCGGCCGUGCUGUCGCUCACACCAUUCGUGACACCCUCACCCCCGGAACCCCACUCAAACCUGUUCGCGCGGACAUCGGUGCUGAAUCAAUUGCCAACCUUGACCGCGUACGAAACAGUAACGGUCCCAAAUCCACAGCCCAGAUCAGACUCGAUAUGCAGAAGACUAUGCAAGCAGAUGUAUCGGUCUUCCGUACCCAGGAGUCCCUUGACGAGGGUGUCAAGAAGAUCGCAAAGGUCGAUGAGAGCUACAGGGAGCUUGGUAUUAAGGACCGUAGCAUGAUUUGGAACUCAGAUCUUGUUGAGGCUCUUGAGUUGGAUAACUUGCUUACCUGCGCCCAGCAGACUGCUAACUCAGCUGCGGCAAGGAAGGAGUCUAGAGGCGCGCACGCCCGUGAGGACUACCCGGAGAGAGAUGAUGAGAACUGGAUGAAGCACACGCUUUCAUGGCAGAAGGAGCCCAGAGGCUCUGUGGAGUUGAAGUACAGAGCAGUUGUUGGCACCACUUUAGACGAGAAUGAAUGCAAGGCUGUACCGCCAUUUAAGCGUGUUUACUAA